AUGAGGAUCAUGAAGUCCAGUCUGGAUCCAAGUCUCUCUGCCAAAGAUGUGCUUUUCGAUAGAGUUCCCGUCCGAGUUUACCAGCCUAAGGCGCCAUCUGCUGGCCGGAGGAAAGGAAUGGUUCUCUUCCACGGGGGAGCUGGCUUGGUUGGAACUAUCGGGAACCCCGCCAAGGCACUUCCACUCGCCCCGCCCAGUUACUACGAGGUGCAGUCCCAAGUGGGGUGGCAGCGACUGGGUUGCUUCUUCUGGCUGCCUCCUCUGACUCCUGCUCUCCCAGGCCUGCCCCUGUCCCGCCGCGAGGUGGGCUCCUCCUCCCGGCCCCCGACGGACGCCAAUCCUCGUCGAGGCAGCUGGCACUAUUUCUAUCAAGACAUUUGCAAUAGAAUUGCCAAGGAGGCUGAUGUAGUACUUGUAGCUGUUGGCUAUGGCUUGUCUCCUGAGCACCUGUAUCCCAGUCAGUACAAGCAAUGUCUGGCAGCUACUGCACACUUCAUGCGAAAUGCGGAGGUCUAUGGGGUAGAUCCUUCCCAAAUCAUCAUCUUUGGGGACAGUGCAGGAGGCGGUUUCACUUCCGUUGUAGCCCAACAACUGACGAAGAAACCAGACCUCCCCAAGCUACGAGCUCAAGCACUGAUCUAUGCUGGCAUUCAAGCGAUGGACUUCAACCUGCCUUCCUAUGUGCAGAAUGCUAAUAUGCCACUCUUGGGCCAGGAAAACGUAAUACAUUUUGCCUUGCGGUAUCUGAAUAAGGACCUAGCUCUGAAAGAUGAUAUCCUGAAAGGCUCUCAUGUGCCAGAUGAUUUUAGGCUGAAAUACCGAAAGUGGGUGAGUGCCGAUAACAUUCCCGAGAAAUUUAAACGUGGUUACCGAGAGGUGCCUCUUGCUCCUUACAAGCCCGAGGUUUACAAGCGGAUUCCAGAACUGCUGGAAGAAACCUUUUCUUCCAUUUUUGCUGAAGACCACAUCAUCAAGGAGCUCCCUGAAACUUUCAUUGUGACCUGCGAGUACGACGUAUUUCGAGACGACGGCCUGUUGUACAAGAAACGGCUGGAGGACUGCGGGGUGAAAGUCGGGUGGUUCCAUGCUGAACAGGGGUUUCACGGGGUUCUGAACUUUGCCGACAAUGGCAUUUUCACUUUUCCGGCUGGGGUAGAAAUUGUGGACAGUAUUAUAGACUUUGUCAAAGGUUUGUGAGAGGUUUCUUUGCAACCUUUUGUGACAGCUAAAAUAUGCAACAGUCCAUGCUAGGCCUUACACAUGGAGCAGGGGUUGCCGGGUCAUCUAGUCCAACCCCCUGAACAAUGCAAGAAAUUCACAACUCCCCCCCCUACUCCUCAGUGACCCCUUGUUCUAUGCACAGAGGAAGGCAAAAAGGCUCCAGGAUCCCUGGGCCAGUCUGGCCUGGAGGAAAAUUCUUU